CGCAGCCGGGCCGUCAGGGGGGCGGUGGCGGCCAUUUUGGAGCAGAGCUCGGGGCUGCUCGGCGCGCACGGAGCGACGCGAAGCCGCAGGGCCGCCCGUCCCGCCAUGGCCGCCCCGUUGGGAACCGGCAUCGUCACGGAGCACUGCGGGCACGAGAAACAGGACCCGCAGGACAAUGAAGCCGCCAUCCCGGAGCGGGUUGAGGAGGCGAAACUGAAGGCGAAAUACCCCAACCUGGGCCAGAAACCCGGCGGCUCCGACUUCCUGAUGAAGAGGCUGCAGAAAGGGCAAAAAUACUUUGAUUCCGGUGAUUACAACAUGGCCAAGGCGAAGAUGAAGAACAAACAGCUGCCGACUGCAGGGCCGGAUAAGAACCUGGUGACAGGAGACCACAUCCCAAAGCCUCAGGACCUCCCGCAGAGAAAAUCCUCACUCGUGGCCAGCAAACUGGCAGGGUAGCCCGCAUUCAAGGGCUGUUUUUUGGGUUGUUUUUCUCCUCCCCCCCCCUUUAUUUUCUUUGUUCUUUUGGUUAAUUGGAUUGAACUUCACUGUACCAUAGAGCUGGGAGCACCAGAAUCCACUUAGUUAUAUGAGUAUUUCUAGCAAACACGCAGCACAACAGAGAAGGACAGGAGAUGUCAGUAACCCAGGCCAUGCAGGCAGAGCUGUGCUGGAUUGGGUUGCACAUUUGCCUUUUGCGAGCUGGUUUUGCUGCCUUCACUCUCACGCUGCUCAGAACCAUCCCUGCCUGCAGUCACUGCAGCAAGCAGGGAAGUGAGGAACACUGAGAGGAGUUGCAUGGUGCCAUCGUGGUGUGUUGUCUGUAUGGGAAGAUGCAGAGGGGGAAGUGGCAAAAGCUGAUGCCCGGCCUGCAGUCUGGUUGGGUUGUGUGUGUUGGGGCCCUUAAUCGAGUGGUUGAGUUGGGACUGUGGCUGCAGCAGCUUUGCAGGUAGUUUCCUGCUGUGUUCUCCCUGCCGAGGAUGCCUGCAGUGGUGAAUGGAGCGUGAUGGGAGCCCCACGUGGCCUCACUCGGAGCCUGGAGUCGUGCUUGCAAAGCACAGGGCUGGUGGUGCUGGGAUAGAUGUGAGCUUUGAGAGCAGCAGGGCAGGGUGGAACCCCAGGAGAAAAGAGAAGAUGAUAGAGGCAAAUGUGUGUUGGCAGUCUUAAUGCAUCCCUGGCUUGAGGUUCUUUUGUUUGUUUUUUUUUUCUCUUUCUUUUUCUCGCCUUUUUGUUUCAGGCUCGAAAGGAGCAAACAGAAUGAGGUCAGCGUGGUGGCUGCAGCACAGUGGGGUGCACGCGGUGCCCACGUGGUGCUGCUGAAGCAGCUCCAGGUAUGGGCUGUUCGAUGGGGCCUUGGGUUGAGGUUUGUGCCAGGACAGCACCGAGUCCAAGUCAGGUUUAAACCCAGCUGUGGAGGUGGAGCAGCCCUGUGGCUUUUAGGGAGCUGUAUUGGAUCAGCAGCAAACAAAGGAGGGAGGCAGUGGGUGAUGGAUGCACUGCUUCCCUCACAUCUGAUCCUGGCUGGGUCACAGAGCUUCACUUUGGCAUUGCACUUCAUGCUGCUGUGAGCAGGGAAUGAUGCUGUGCUCGUACAGCUGCUGUCAGGUGGUUUAUCAGUGACCCUGGGCUGUGGCCCCAUGGACUUUGUGGCAGGGAUGGGCCCAGCCCUGCACUGCCCGGCCGUGCAGCCUGCUUGGAUGCUCUGCUGUUGGUCCCAGCUGCAGUUGUAAAUAGAUACGAAUCGUAUAUACAAAUAUAUAUAUAAUUUUUUACA